ACACCAUCAUUAGCUGUCUGAUAUCACUCAACCUCCACCUGCUGCCUGCUGGUUUCUGAUGACCAGUCUAUGAUAUAAGCAAGCUAUCCUAUGUGUUUGGGGAGGUGGGCGGUGUUGGACUGGAUUCAGAUAUUUGCUGGAUGGAGGCAGGAGAGGGACUGACCGCUCCGCUCAUAUGACAGUCUGAUACCGUGCGGGAAGCAUGUGCGCGUUGCGCGUUUCACUUGGACCGGUGACGCGGCUGCUUUGAUGAGCCGUUUCGGCUGGAAGGAAGAGCUUUCGGACUAGUCUCCAUAUAGGAGGAUUCUGAGGAUAUAACGCAGAUAAACAUCAUGUUAUGCUACAGGCGUCUUUGAUCGUUUUCCAUUAUAUUGUUAUAAGAGAACCAUGAGCACUGUGGAGGAGGAGCCGGACCACAUGAUACCAUGAAGAGAAGCCUGCAGGUCCUGCCCCACCAGCUGCUGAGUGUUCUACUGAUUCUGUUUGUGCCAGUUGGGCUGGUGUUCUCUGCAGAGGAGCUUCACCCCAGCCAAACCCCUCGGGACCUUGUCUCCAUGUCAACGAGCAGCAGAACCCUUGCCACCCUCUCACCGGGGCCCUUGAGCUGGCAGGAGGGUUCUAGCACUGGGGAUCUGCACACACAGGCACUGGCCUCUCUAGAAGCCAUCCUUAGACCCACUACUGUACACCCAUUCCAGACACCGAAGACCACUGUACCUUCUGCCGUAGAUCAGACAUCAACUGUAGGGGUCCACCCCAGGGAUCAGGCACCACCUCGAAUCCCUCUUUCAGAAGCACCCCAACUGACCUCUGGAAGUAUGUUCACCAGAGUCCAUGUCCAGAACUUUAGCACUAAUACCGAUAAGCCGAGUACAAUCAGUAGAAAGCCAGUGAACCAGUUUGGAAACCAAACCACAAAUUCUGGCUCUGGUCUUUCUUUUUUCUCAGGGACUGAAAGUAAUGUGGCCCCUGGUGCCAAGGGCCUUUCAGAGACCCGAGACACUGGAGAGAUGGGAGAAGGGGACCCCACUGAUCCCAUACAGCAUCCUUCAUUAUUUUCAAAAUUAAAAACCCACAAAGGGCAGAACUCGAACAAGUCGGCUCCACAGCACGCCAUUACAUCACGUGACGUGUCUUCAACAGAGAAUCCCACUCUCCCUUUGGCUUUGGCACAAACUGGCAUCCAGUCUCCUUCCCCAGCUCUCGCCCCACCUUCCAACCGAAUUACCACAUCCAAUCCCACUUCUUUAAUGGAGAAUGGAAGCUAUGUGGAAUUGAUGACCACUGAUUCUCUUGUCCCCCUGAUUAAUGUCACAGACGUUGUCAACAGCACUGGAGCCUCAUGGCCUGCAGCGAAUGAUUCGGACACAUCAGAGGCACCCUCCACAGCUAGCGGGAGCUUCAUGAACAGGCAGGUCCCAGCCACCACAGAAGGCCCAUGGGGGUCUGGAAACCAGUCGGGUCCUGCGCGGAGUCCUCCUCAAAAAAAAAACACCAUCUGCCUGGACAAAAUGGACAUUGUGUGGUUUGUUCUUGCCAUUAGCGUGCCUGUCUCCUCAUGCUCCGUGCUACUUACUGUAUGUUGUAUGAGGAAAAAGAAGAAGUCAGCUACUCAGGAGAACAACUUGAGCUACUGGAACGACGCCAUCACCAUGGAUUACUUCACCCGCCAUGCUGUGGAGCUCCCACGCGAGAUACAAUCACUAGAGACUGAGGAACAAGAGACGUGUCUGCCCCCUAAUGGUGACUACAGCGACAGUGGCGUGGUUCUGGUUAACCCCUUUUGCCAAGAGACUCUCUUUAUCAACAGAGACAAGGCCUCUGAUAUCUAAACACACUAUAUUAAAAGGAGACAAAAUCCCUGAGGAUUUUCCUCUCUCUUUUAUUUGCUUGCAUUUUUUAAGAAUAUAUAUAAAUAAAUAUAUAUAUAUAUAUAUAUACAUAUAUGUGGUGAACCUUCAGAGACUGCGGUUUAUAUAUGAAACUGGUUUCAAGGAGCUGAAAGAAUAUUACAAAAAAGAACAAAUGCUAUUUACUAUGAGGGGGAACCCUUGCAUAUUUUUCUGAUGUGGAUUUUCUACCAAUGCUUUGUUGUGAUAAGGGUUUUUAUGUCUUUUUUGAAUAAAAACAGUAAGUGUUGUUGCUCUUAUGUUCCAGUGGCUUUGGUGGUGCAAAGUGCUGAGAAACAUGGCGCGUGGUGUAAGGAUGCUUGUGUGACGUUACCCAAAAUACUUAAUACGAUUACUUAAAAAGCCUGCCGCACUUGAAUUCCGUAUGUAAGGGGAUGCAGGGGUAAAGGGCAUUGAUUCUGGAACGGUUCUGGGAUGGGUACUGCAGCAACCCUCGCGUCCCUCAUGGAGGAACUUGAGUUGAUUGCCUGUUUGCAUUUGAUGGAGGACGAAUCAUGACUUUCUGAGAUGAUUGUCCCCAGAUGAGUCACCAGCCAAAAGACAAAACAACCAUUGUCCCAUUCCUUAGAUGUCUGAGAUGUUUUCAUGUGUGUAAAUGUCUUGUUGCAUGCAUCUUUUCUGAUUUGAGGUGUAUGUGUGUCUUUGGACUAGAUAUGAAACAGGAUUUUGUUUCUAUCAAGAUUUCGUUGUUACACCCUACCACCCUAAAAUUCACGUCGACAGUUGCACAAGCAAGUAGAAAAAAUGCUUAAAUGCCAAUGACAUGCCUCUUACAAAGCCCUUUGUAUGGUAAUGUUACUGUGCUCCACAUUUCACAUCAUAUAUGUUCAUAUUGUAUGUGUUUGUGUUCAACUUAGCAGGGCUAAGCAUUAUACUGUAUAACUGUAGUGGAAAUGCAUUUUUUUUUUUUUUAAAUAAACCAUUGUAUUUGUUUAUUUGCUACGUCAUGCUCUGAUGAAAAUGGCACUAUUAUUGCUUCACAGGUUGGCUGAAUAUAUAUAUUUUGUUAGAAGACACAUGUUUUUCUUAGUGAAGGGUGAAUGAGUGUGCUUGUGGUUCUGUCUGUCUAUCUCUCUGUCCCUUGUGUGAACACUGAAGAGAAUAAAUGAGACCAAAAUGAAUUCCUUAUAUUUCUCUUUGAUUCUCAGUGCUUACUGCUGUAUUGUACAGUUUUUUAGAUGAAUGUCAAUGAUAUCACUGGAUGUAAUAGAGUGUAAUUGUUAGAUAUAAAGACAUACAGAUUAACUAUUUUAUUUUGUACUUUCUUUGACUAUGCGCCACUAAGGUUGGUAACAUGUUUUAAGACCAUAUCAUCAUUUUUUCUUUACAUAUCUCAUUUUAUUUUUCUGUGUGCUUAGCAGAUUUUUAUAUAUUGUUUUAUAUGUAUUUUUUAUUUUAUUUUUUUUCAUUGUUUCCGUCCUUUUUUGUGUGCUGGCAUGAGUUUUAGAUAUGUAAGCAGAGGGGGCGGUAAUUGCUCAGCUGACAAGAAAAAAACUGCUCUCACAUAUUAUGAAUCAUGUCUAAUCUUUUGUAGCACAUAAACUGUACUUUUUACUGCUGAGCAAUACAAAUAAAAAGGCUUUAAAGGCUU